AUGGCAGGAUGCAUUAGCUUCACAGCAUCGACAGAUUGGUUUUAUAGGUCCUUUUUCGCCUACACUGGCCUCAAAUCUGUCACGACAGAUUUUGGGGUUGGGACCUUCAUGCAUUGUUGGGUGCCAAAAACGGUCAAACCAUCGAAACCUAAUCUUCUGCUGCUGCAUGGCUUUGGAGCCAAUGCAAUGUGGCAAUACCGGGAGCAUCUCCGCCACCUCGUGCCAAAGUUCAACAUCUACGUCCCUGAUCUCCUCUUUUUUGGCGAAUCCUCGACCAAGAGUCCCGAGAGAACGGAGGCAUUCCAGGCACAAUGUGUCAUGAAACUGAUGGAGGUGCACGGGGUACAAAAGAUGAACUUGGUGGGCAUAAGUUAUGGCGGGUUUGUAGGGUACAGCAUGGCGGUACAGUUUCCCGAGGCAAUAGAGAAAUUGGUGCUAUGUUGCACUGGUGUUUGCUCGGAGGAGAAGGAUAUGGAGGAGGGUCUGUUCCCGGUUCCGGAUUUAGACGAGGCUGCUAACGUUUUGGUGCCCCAGACCCCGGAUAAACUUAGGGAACUGAUGAAUCUUUCAUUCGCCAAGCCUGUCAAAAGAGUCCCCUCGUGCUUCCUUACAGAUUUUAUUGAUGUAAUGUGCACAGACCACGUAAAAGAGAAGAGGGAACUCAUAAAAAACAUACUCGAAGAUCGACAGCUCUCAAAGAUUCCCAGAAUCACACAGCCCACAUUGAUCAUAUGGGGGGAGCAGGAUCAAAUCUUCCCCGUGGAAUUGGGUCACAGAAUGAAAAGGCAUAUUGGGGAAAAUGCUCGAAUUGAGGUGAUUAAACAUGCAGGACAUGGCGUCAACUUGGAAAAGCCUAAGGAAUUUAACAAACAUCUCAAAGCAUUUCUUGUUGAUUCUUCUGAUUCCUCCUCCUCCUCCUCCUCCUCCUCCUCCUCCUCCUCCUCCCAUUCCUUGAUUAAUUACUACAGGCAUCGACGCUUUUGGAGCAGCUAA